AUGCACGGAAUCCCUCGACUCGCCGCGCGCAAGCAGCUGUCCGCAGCCAGCUUCGUCUGCCGGAGCUGUCGCCAGCAGCAGCAGCGACAACACCGCCCGUACUCGAGCAACAUCAGCCCACCGCCCCCGGCACCGCCCGCCGCCGGCUUCACGGCCCUCCCCUCACGCCGCCUCAUCUCCGUCGCCGGCCCGGACGCCGCCAAGUUCCUGCAGGGCGUCAUCACGGCCAAUAUCGCCUCCAAGGAGGCCCGCGCGCGGGAGACGGGCUUCUACGCCGCGUUCCUCAACGCCACCGGCCGCGUGCUGCACGACGUCUUCAUCUACCCGGACACCGCCGGCCUGGGCGGCGGCGCCGCGGCCGGAGAGCAACGGGCGGGCACGCGGUUCCUGAUCGAGGCCGACGCGAACGAGGCCGAGAGGCUGGCGAAGCAUAUUAAGCGGUACAAGCUGCGCGCCAAGUUCAACGUGCGGCUGCUGGCGGUGGACGAGGCGACGGUGUGGCAUGCGUGGGACGACAGCGGGAAGCCCAUCUCAACCGAUGCGGCGACCUUGAGCACGCUGACGCGAGACCCGAGGACGCCCGGAUUGGGGUACCGGUUGGUGCGGGGCAGGGAUGCGCCGCCGCAGCUGGAUCUUGAGGCUACCACGGAGGAUAGCUACAUCAUCAGGCGAUACUUGCAGGGGGUUGCCGAGGGGCAGGAUGAGAUCAUCAGGGAGCACGCGCUGCCUCAGGAGACGAAUAUGGAUUACAUGAACGGCAUUGAUUAUCACAAGGGCUGCUACGUUGGACAGGAGCUCACGAUCCGGACGAAGCACCGCGGGGUGGUGCGCAAGAGGAUACUCCCAUGCAUGAUCUACGAUGUGGAUAGAGCUGCGCCCCAGACACUGCAGUAUAGGCCGGACGAAGAUGCGAAUCACGGUCCCGAGGGCCUACCGGCAGAGACGAUCCCGAGAGAGACGAGUAUCGGCCGGUCUGGCAAGAAGGGAAGAAGCGCGGGCAAGUGGCUCAAGGGCAUCGGAAACGUUGGCUUGGGUCUUUGCCGGCUAGAGAUCAUGACGGACGUCGUACUCCCCGGCGAGACGGCCGCGUCGACGUUCGACCCCGCCAAUGAGUUCAUGCUACAGUGGGGCGAGGAAGACAAGAGCAACGCGGUGAAAAUCAAGGCAUUCGUGCCCGAAUGGCUGAGGAAUGGGUUGAACGAGGCACCUGCCCAGUAG